CUGAUGUACAUGAUACCCUCGUUGUUUCCUUUGUCUCUUUCUUCAUGACUGCGAAAGCUGCUCUACUCAUAUGACGCUUUUUCAACGGCUGUGCCUUGCAAGUCACCUGACUUAUCGAUAAGGAGUCGGCGCCCCCAACCAUGUGAUGAUGAUGAGCCAUUCCGUAGCUUGAGACAGAUUCUCGUUGACCAGGCCAAAUCAAACCACUCCAAUAUCAUCCCGAACUCAAGGAUGUAGCUGCGCCGCUGGAGAUGUCUUUGCCAACACAAACCACAUCCCCCACCCAAUACUCAUCCUCUCCUCAACACGCCUCCCGAGGAUUCUCCGGUCCCAAAACACUAUCACGACCACAGAGCCUUGAUCGACCUCCUACCGCGCAACGAGUCAGCCACUCCCCGGAGCAGCAAACAACCUACGAUGUAGCUGGCGAUAUCUCAUCUCUACAACCCGGGGAUGAUGACCAUCAUGAAACAAGUUCCGUUUGGCACCCAUCAUUUCAGCCCUUCUUCACGCUCAUAGAGGAUGCAAACACCUCCGAAUACCACCACCCAGCAGUCCACUACAUCUUCUCCGACGACGACACAGACAUCGUAACGGAAGCAGCUCUACGCGCCCUGGAAACGGAGCAAGAUAUCUCUCCCGAUUCUUCAAAAGGGAAAGCAAAGUCAGCCAACAAUCAACCACCGACGCAGCAGCAGGACGCCGUGCGGAACGAAACUGCGCUCCCGGAGGACGAUGAACCCCCAGCCCCAAAGAAGGAGCCCCUCCUGCCCCCUCCGAUCCCCGGCGUUCGCGACAACUACAUAAUCCUCGACAUGGAGCUCGCUAAUCCUGACUAUGCGAAACAAUUGAGCUCGGAUGCGGCUCGCGCUGCCGGCACGGCCGGUAUGAGGUCCAUAUCCACUUCGCCGGUCGCUCAGGGAACACUCCUGCACCAGCAGUCGCCAUCUGGGCCACAUGGGUUCCUCCCGGCCCAGCCUCAGUUCAACGUUGUGUCCGCACAUAGCCUGACACCAGCAUGGCAAGUGCUCAGCACGCAAGUCGUACCAGCACCGACUUUCGAGAAUAAUGCUUCAGGCGAGCAACCGUCAAUCGGUGGCUUGAUGCUCAAGAUCCGCGGUACCUCUGGUCUGCCUGUGACGAUGGUUGGAAAGGAUAGAGACAAGGAAAGGGGAAGUCAACGACUGGAAGAUAUGAUGGAGCAGUUUGGGAAACGCCUAGGCGAGCUCAGGCAGGUCAUCGAGGCUGGAGAGCAGGUUCAGCCUACCCAGGAUGCUCUGUUUGAAGGAGAAGAAGUGCUGGGGGGUGUAGAUGCCAAUGCUGUUUUGGAUAAACACCCUCGUGAACAGAUGGAUGGCCAUAGCAAUACCAAGGAUGAGACAGGCGACACCAGCAGUAUCUGACGUCGCAGAACGGUUUAAUAUAAUUAAGAAACAGUGCGACGGCUCCGUAUAUCAGCUCUCCUGUUAGAUGAGUUUAUUGUAUCGUUGUGAUCGACCUCGUUUGACACAAAUACCUCAGGUGUGUUUUUAUCAUGGUCAAGUCCCUGAUAUGUGGUCAUUACAUCCCACCUAGAAUAACUUACGUUUGUGAUCGAGGUAGCACCAAUCAAGCACCGUUUCACGAAGGUCAGGACCUGG